UGCGUAAAUGCCAAUAUGUCAACUUGGACACGAUGCUGUUAUGCCAAACAUCUGAAUCCUGGAGGGAAGGUAAACUGGAUCUGAGAGACGCCCCACUUUUGCAGCUCAAUAUUGCGAUGCAGUCUUUUGGAUGUGCUGGGGAAAGUUGGCAGAGUGGUCUACGGUGGGAAAAUGAUUUAAACAUGUCAGACUUUGUAAUUUAAAAGGAGGAGGAAGCACAUUUUACUACACUGGAAUGGUUUGCCUAAAAGGCGCAGAACACGGAACUUCAGAGCCGAAUAAUGGAUCAUUUACCCCAGCAAAAUCUGUUUGGAGCAGUCUACAACUAACUUUACCUUUUUGAAGACUGAUGGAAGUUGACUACUGCCUCCAAAGCCAAGUACAUUCAUGUCCGAGGGAUUUCGUUAAACCAAUGAGUUUAGUCAUGGGUGAUCAUGGAUCUCAGUCCCAUCCACGGAGCUCUGGUCUGAGGGUGUCGACCAAGAGCAGAGCACCAUCCCCCCCAGGACUAAAGAAGCUGGAUUCCCCAGGUUAUUCCCAGUGGUACCCAGGAAACCUUCAUUUAGCCAUGGACCAGAAGGAGAACCUCAUUGAUAAAGACCUCUCUCUGGUCGUGGUUCUGCCUGACGGAGUGGAAGAAAUGACCACGGUCCAUGGAAGCAAACCUAUAAUGGAUCUUUUAGUGACGCUUUGUGCAAAGUACCACCUGAACCCAUCAAGCCACACCUUAGAACUGGUCACCGCCAAGAAGAACAACACCAAACUCAAGCCAAAUGCUCUCGUGGGAACUUUGGAUGCAGAGAAGAUCAUACUUAAGCCUAAAGGGGUGGAUAAAAACAAGAAGACCGGUCCUCAGAUGCCUGAGGCAACUGUUCGGAUGGUGAUAAACUACAAAAAGACCCAGAAGACUAUACUACGAGUCAGUCCUAAAGUUCCCCUGUCUGAACACUUACCAGCAAUCUGUGAGAAAUGUGAAUUUGACAUGGGAACAACAGUUCUGUUGAGAGAUGGCCAAUCACUGGCCCCUUUGGACUUGUCCAACUCUCUUAAUGAUUAUGCAAUAAGGGAGGUUUAUGCAAGAGACAUGAGUGGACAACCUGUUUCUCCUGUGUGUCCAGCCUCACCCGUGCAUGCAGUCACACCGGGCAAAGACAAAGAUCAAAAAGAGAAAGAAAAUAAAGGCCUCUUUAGCAAAUUUAGAAAAAGCAAGAAAAGAUCUGACCAGGCAACGACAGCCAGUGCUCCAGCUUCUCCUGUGCUUGUGAUCAAGCCUCGACCUCUCAGCAUGGCCUUACCUAGCUCCAAUUCGUCCUUGUAUAGCUCCACUACGCUACCUACAGAUGUGACAAAGAAGAGACGGGCCCCCCAACCCCCACUUCUGGUGUCUCAGAGCUGCCCGUCCGAUUUCAGCAUUCGCCGGAGACUCAACUCUGAACCUAUUGGCCAGGUGGACGGUGACCCGAUGUCUGGUUUAAGCCGUGGCUCCUCGGCAGAGUCGUCGCUUAAGAGAACCAAACGCAAAGCUCCUCCGCCCCCCAAGUCCCCUAGCGCCGCUGUCCAAGAAAAACUUCCUCUGGAUGAAACUUUGCAAGGUGGGGUAGCUGCUAACACACUGGAGGAGAUUAUGGAGCAAGAGGAGACCACUGCCUCUGUAAUGUCUGCAACUGCUAGUGAUACCCAGGGAGAGGACAGCAGCCUCAGCAUGUCUGCUGACGCUUCACUGCAUUCCCCGUCCCCAGAUACUGAGAUACUGAGCACAAUGUCCACGGAGGCAAAUGGGGAAGAUCAGUCUCGUGAUCUAUCCUCAGAUGGCAAUCAACUGCAGAGUACAGUGAAUGAGUCUGCCAGUGUGAGUGAUGUGAGGACAACUGAAGGCACAGACCAUUCUGAACCGGCAGAUAAUAAUAAUGGGCCAUGUCCAGUUGAACAUGUAAGCCAACAGGAGAUCUGUGAAGCGUCUGCACCUCAAAGUGUCGAGAUGGAUUGUAGCACUUUACCCAGCAGCUUCCCUCCGCCUCCUGUGAUGCAAGAUGCAGAAGCACAGGCCUCUGUUGAGACAAACACUGAAACCCUCCGGGAGCAGGCUGACAGACCUGAGAUCCCAGUGGCCACCAGCACAUCGCGCCCCAUUGCAGAGGAUGCUCAAGUGCAAACAGAUUUCACACCACUACCUGUGCCUCCACAACAACCCAUGGAUGAAAUCCCUUCCUCAGCUAAUUUGCCUGCCUUUGAAACCGCCGGUAAAAAAGAUAUAGCCACUGGAACGGAGGAACUGGACAAGCCUGAUCUCAAAGAUUCUUUACCCCACACCUCAGAGACCUCAUCGUGCCAAGAUUCAACCCCAAGUACUCCCGCCACAACAAAGGCAACAUCUAUUUAUGCCACAAACUCUGAGCCAAAGCCCAAGCCUUCCAAUGAGCUGACAAGAGAUUACAUCCCCAAGAUGGGGAUGACGACUUACACUAUCGUGCCUCAGAAAUCUCUGGACAAACUGAGAUAUUUUGAAGUUGCACUGACACUGGAGGCUCCUCCUGAUUCUCCUGAAGAGAGACUCGAUAUUGGUGCUCUUCAGUUGGAAGAGAUCACAGCGCCGGAGGAUCAAACCGAGGACUCAAAGGAAAAAAAUGAGCUACACUCUACUAUACCCAGGGAAGACUUAAUGACUAGCACUACUACUACUACUACUACUACUACUACUACAGAAGACACUGUUAUUGGAAGUAUACCUGAAUCAAUUCAUUCCUCACACCCAACAAGUUUACCUAUAGCAGAUGAAAACAUCUCAUCCUCGGCUAACGUGGCAUCUGAAGCAGGUUCACCAGCUGAGGUCAAGGAGAUGAAAAUUCCGCCCGCAACUAAACCUAAGCCUGGUUCUUUCCGCUUGGCACAGCACAAAAAAACACCUGGGUAUUAUGUCACCUCAGCAGCAGAAAAGAAACUUAAUGCCAGUCCUGGCAUCCAGAAGGAGGCUCAAGGAAGUGCAGAGAGAGCAAAGUUACCACCUCCUCCUCUUCCCCCUCCCUUGCAGUGUCAAGAGGAGACAACAGGAGGCGCUAAUGUUGAGCUGAGCCCUAAGGGGGAUGACAAGAAUGUUGCCUUCAUGCGAAUGACUAGGCAAAGUAGUUUGCCAUUUAAAGAACCAACUACAGGGUUAAGCUUGGAAAAAUUAAGGAGCUUUGCAGCCGCUAGGCCUUAUUCUCCUGCGAUCCCAUCCCGCUUCGCCCAGGCCGUGUCCUCUGCUGUAAAAAGGAGCCAUUCCUUAUCCCAUGGGCCAAAGUCUCCUCAGUCUCCUCAGUCUCCUCAGUCGCCUGUUUCACCGUCCUUCUCCCCAAUCCGAAAUCGCUCAUCAGUCAUAGAAUCCGAAGGAUUAUCUGAGAUUAAGGAUGGUGAAAAAGAAGAUGUGGAAGGCGACAAAGACUCCCCUCUGCAGGUUGCAGAGGGUGAACCGACAUCUUUUGGUGGGGUUGUUCAAAUGGAAGGAGAGAGCAAUCCAUAGCAGUGCCUUCAUUCUUUUGACAAUACAUCAUCUACUGAGGAGCUUUCCUGAACCCUUUAAUGGCCCAGAAACGGUCCGAACUGUCUGUUUUACCUCUUUUGGCAGUCUCCAGCAGUGUACAUAAAAUGAUGUAUUUUGAUAAUUAAUAAUUACUGUAUCUGUUUUCUUUCUCUCACAUGUCAUUAAGUAAUUUCCCUGGCGCUGGCCUGAUAUUGUAAAGCUUCUCUUUUAUUUUGUGUGAUGACUAUCUUGCAUUUAAUGCAUUACUGUUGUGAGUAAAUAAGAACGUUAAAUGAAAACAAUUCUAUAAAUUAUUAAAAACACGUAUUAUCUAAAUAAUACUGGAUGUGUAGGACAGACGAGGUUUUUCCUAUGGUACUUAAAUGCUCCUUAUAUUAUACCACAAAUAUAUAUUUAAGUAUUGCAGAGUUUUGAUUUAACUAUUUGCAUUUAAAUACACAGAGGUUGUUUGUGUCAAGCUGUGUUGUUAUGAAUAAAGCUUCUAUCAUUUG